AUAUGAUAGAACGGAAGAUAGACGGAGAAAAACAGAGAGAAAUGCAGUGUUCCGAUUUAACCUUUUCAGGGAGCGAUUCACGCUUCUACAUCCCUUCUAACCCUACCACUACCGCCCGCCGACCAAUUUCCGGCUACCGAUCUCGGGUUUGCUUUCCACACACUCCGCCGUUCAAUUCGACGCGCUUGCCGUCUCUUUCAAUUCGAGCCAAGGCCUCGUUCAACGAAGGAUUCGUUUCCUCCGAGGUCGCCGAAGGCUCCUUCUACGAUUUGCUCGGCAUAUCUAAGUCCGGAUCCUUGGAGGAAAUCAAGCGCGCGUACAAGCAGCUCGCUCGGAAGUACCAUCCGGACGUUUCACCGCCGGGGUGUGUGGAGGAAAAUACGAAGAGGUUCAUUCGUGUUCAGGAGGCGUACGAAACGUUAGCAGAUCCGAGGAGGAGAGCGCUGUAUGAUAGAGAUAUGAUUGGAGGGCUUCAAGUCGCGUUCUCUGCUAGGAGACGAUACGACGCCGAUGAGGAAGUUGCACAGAAAAGUGGAUGGAGAAACAGUUGGGAAGCUCAGAUUUCGGAAUUGAAGAGAAGAAGUAUGGAGAAGGAUUUGAGACCAAAUAUGUCAUGGGGAGCUCGAAUGCGCCGGCAAAUGAACGAACAAAGUUGAUGGAAAUAGAAUUAUUCAUAUCAAGGAAAACCCAUGUUUGACUCAGAAUCAGUAAAUAGAAUACGGCUUAUUCGGUAACAUUAGCUUUUGUUGUUAGUUUUUUCUUUGUAAUUUCCUUGAAACCUACUCUAUGUGAAAAGCUUAACAAUAAAAAGAAAAAGUGAGUCAUUUUCAAAUGACAAAUAAUUAUAUGCAUUUCUACCCCAAAUGCUCAUUUUGAUGCCCAAA